AACGGUGUCCACUCAUGUCAUUGGAAGCACCUUGGCUUAAAGACUGUCCAGAAUUCAUUGAACUGGAGAUCGCUGAAUCUGUAGCAAGUCGUACAGAGACGCUUUCUACAUUCAGAGAAUUAGGUCCACCAGAUCUCUGUCAUAUUAUCAAAUCACCUACUAAAGUUGGUACAACCAAGGAUUCUGGUUCUUAUCAUUAUGUUUCAGGCGUAGACGCUAGCAGCUCAGCUAGUAUCGCUAUAUACCUCAACGAGUUAUUACGCAGUCUUGAUCUCCCUCAGGGUUGGUUCACUCCAAACGCAGCCUGGAAAGUACGCUCGGGUACAUACUGCUGUUAUAAUGCUUUCUCUAGAUUGGAUGUACGCGUUCAAGUUAGCAUCCCAGGUGGAGUCGAUUCCUAUGCAGUUGAUUUACGUGGUCAAAGACACGAAUUGAGCUCAGAUUUAUGGCUCGAAACUUACUUAUCUGCACAUUUGAGAGCUAUCUUAUAUGCUGAUGAUCCAAACUAUAAACUCUAUGGGUAUCGCAAGUUUGAUCCAAUACCAAAACCAGAGGAUGAAGAGAAAUUUUUAGCAGCCUCUCAACACCUCUUCCACAAAGGUUGGCAAUUAGGUUCAGACCCUGAAAUUCAAGUAGCUACACCAAUUUCCAACCACUUGACUACUGCUAUUUUGAAAUACUUUGGCGAUUCAGGUAGAAUGUCAAGAGCUGCAAACUUAUUUGAGAAGAUUGCAGAAAGUCAACGUAAAACCAGCGGCGAGAAAGUUGGCUGUGAAGUUGAUGCCUUAACCGCAAAAGCUUACAUUGGAAUGAAUGAAGAAACUUUAGCUAUUCGUACACUCAACAGGGCUUUAAAUGUUUCACCACAAUCAUGGCCUUUGUUGCACGUUCAAGUUGAUUUUCUUCGCUCGAAGGGCCAACAUCAAUGGGCCGUACAACUAGCUAGACAAGCCGUUGAAUGUUCACCAUCAGAGUUCGUCACAUGGGCAAAAUUAACCGAUUGUUUAAUUGAUAUUGAAGACUUCGAAGGGGCACUAUUAACCCUGAACUCAUGUCCUAUGUUUACCUAUAAUGAGAGGGAUUUACAUAGAAUGCCAACACCAAUAAAGAAUCACUUCCCAAUACAAAAAUGGGUGAUCGAUUCUCAACUUAUUGAAGAUGAUUCUCCAAAGGAAAACGAAGCUGAUAUCACAUUAUUAAGACUUCCUGCACCUUCACUUAGAGGAACUUUCGCUAGAGCUUAUGAGUUGUUGACAAGAUUAAACAAUUGCAUAGGCUGGGAUGAUUUACUUAAAAUCCGUUCAAAUGUAUUCGUUAUGGAAGAAGAAUAUAGGCAGCAUAAAUCUGAUGAUUCAACAGCAACUAUCAUAACUUCUGAUAACGUAUCAGCUCAAACUCAAACGCAGGCGUCAAAUGAGGUAAUUAAGCAACCAGCUAUACCAACAAUAAAGAUAUCUUCAGAUUCUGAUCAUGAACGUGAACAAUUUAAGAAAGGUGGUUUAGAAUUACACAUGGAAGAUAGUCGGGGCAAUGAAGGAAACACUACUGAUGAAACUGUCAAUGAAACUAGCGAAACUAACGAUACCAACCAAUCGGAUAACGACUCAAGAGGUUUAUCAUUUAGUGAUAAAAAGCUCUGUGAACGUUGGUUAGAUAAUCUUAUGCUUGUUUUAUAUGAAGAUCUUCGUGUUUUAACGAUCUACAAAGCUGAAAGAUCACAUUUCAAAUCACAACAAAUGCAAUACAGAAAGACAGGUACAGAAUGGGAAAUAAUUGGUGAUUUAUGCCUUAGAAUGCAUAAUAAAGAAGAUGCGAAAGAAGCUUAUCAACGUUGUUUAGAUUUGAAGUUCUCUGCUAAAUCUUUCAUUAAGUUAUUAGAAAUAUUCGCCAAUCAAGGUGACACUCAACGCGCUUUCGCUGCAGCUAUUAGACUCACUGCUUAUAACCAUAGAUGGUACAAUACUUCAGUAUAUCCUAAUGCAGUUAGUAAUCAAUUAUUCAAAAUUGUUAGAACGGAAGGUGUACAAAAAUUAAAGUUUAUGACAAUGUCACUAGGUAAUGACUUACCAAUACAAUCUCAACUUUCAAAGUAUUGGAAUUACAUAGAGUCAUUUAAAGUCGAAGGUGAAGCUUUCUAAAAAGAUUAACUUCUUUUGUAAUUUGCCGUUCUAAAUGUAAAAAUCGAAGCUAUAUGAAUUUAAAUUAAAUUCUUUAUAAAAU